AUGGCUCCCUCCAAGACCCCCAGUCCAGCGCCCCCCCAAGCCAGCGCGCGACCGUCCCUCGAGCAGAACCUCAACCCCGACUUCACCGACCCGUCCUUCGAUCCCGCCGAAUACCUCAACAAUGCACUCCCUGCCCUGACGCUGGCGUCUUCGCAGUCGAUCAACAGCAGCAGCAAUCCCCGAGGGGCGACCGCCGGCUUGCCCGAGAUGUCCACUCAAAUCCAGUCCGUUCUCUCGCAGAUCAGCGCGCACAAUGUCCGGCAUUCGAGCACGCUCACGCGAUUGACCGAUGAGAUCCUACGGGGCGGCAGUCGGUUGGCCUACGAGGUGGAGGUGCUGCGCGGCGAGACGAUCGCGCUGUCGGAUACGCUUGCGGAGGCGCUACGUGGGGAUAUCGCUAAGUUUGUUCCGGAGGGCCACCCGGAGGGGUUGGUAGAUAAGGGGGAGGGCCACGAUCGUGACCCCGAAGCUGUCGAUGCAGAAGCUGCUACGAUACAGGACCCGGAGUUCAUUACGAAGUUACGUAUGCUGAAUCAGGUGCGGGCUCGGUUGGAGGAGGUCGUGCAGACGUUCGGGGACGCGAUGGAGUGGCCCAUCCCGCCGUCGGAGACCUCCCUGGCUUCGUCGUUCAUCUCAGUGUCGGCGCCAGAGGCCGGGCCGGAGAAUCAAAGUCGGGAGGAGAAGGGGCAGGAGGCGGCCAGGCGACUGCGGGCGGAGGUGACGGGCCUUCUGGAGAGCAAUGGUGGCGGUCUGGAGGGAGUGGAGGCUGCGUCGCGCCGGGUCGAGGCGCUGCGGACGUUGGCGUUGGUCUGGAAGGGGACGGCCGAGGAGAAGGCUCGGACUCGCGCGGUGGACAGCCUGGCGAAAAUCGUUGAGGAUCGUCGCAGAGCUCUGGAGAGCCAGAGCCGAGCGGACUCGUCGCAGCAAGCUUCCGGCUCCUCUACCAAAGCACAGUCGGCGGGCCACCGACGGCAGGAGAGCGAAGGCCCGGCCGGUGGCAUCUUCCGCAACUUGCAGCGGUUACGAGAGGAGAUCUAUCUUGAAUGA